AUGGAGAAGGUGGUUGUUUGUCCAUACAAAAGGCCAAAUGCUCUCUGUAGGCUGAUACGCUUUCCAUGGGCUGGAGAUGGAGCUUCUCAUCUUGAUCAAGGCGGCAGACUCUUCAGCAGUUCAAUUGAAGUAUCCCCUAUAAGGUUUCCUGGAAGAGAACCUUUUGCAAAAGACAUCAGCAUAGUUAAUGAAAUUCCAAGUGCUUUGUUAAAAGAACUUCAAGAAAAACAAUUUGCAUUUUUUGGUCACCAUUUUGGAUCUUAUGUUAGUUUUGCAGUUGCACUACACUUGAAAGAAAAGUAUGGACUAGAACCAAUCCAUCUUUUUGUAUCAGGGACACAUGCCCCACAGUCUGAAGCAUUUAUUUCCAUCAAAAGCAUACCCACACAUGAUGCAAAAGAUGAAGAUGUUCUUACAUACCUAAAAAUUCUACGAGGAAUUCCUUCUGAGCUUCUGCAAAAUGAAGGCAUUAAGAACCAUCUGAUAAGAACUGUCAGAGAAGACACUAGAGUACUUCAAACAUACAGUUUUGAGAUGGCAGAAGCGAAUAUCCCCUUCUCUUGCGAUAUGACCUGCUUUAAUGGGUCUGAAGAUCAAGCACAUGAUUUAGAAGCCUGGCAUGAUCUAACAAGUGAAGAUACUUCCUUUGAUAACCUUCCCUGUGGUCACUUUUAUCUGCUGGAACCCUCUAGUGAAAUCUUCUUGAUAAAACACAUAACAAGAUGCUUAGAAAAUGCCAGCCUAUGA